GAAUUUGGCCACACUUCACCGCUGAUUAUGACAUUUAUUAUCUCCCAUUUUAAACCGAGUUAUAAACAUUUGUAGCAUUUCAAAGAGGGUGUGUCAAGUUCACUGGGUAGUAAUCCUGGUAAUCUUUUCAAGUAAUCCCUCAAAACUAAUAGAGUUUGUCAACUCUGUCACGGAUUAAGUAUGUGUAACACUUCACCACAAACCUGUUUGUGAUCUCCUCUCAUUUGGUCGGACAAGGCACACUUCUUCUUUUUGGGGACGAUUUUGGAUUUGAUUUGGAGAAAAUGAUGUCCAAAGCGCCAAGGUGGCCUGAGGCUAAGGGCAACAAAGCUACACAUAUGAAGUCAGUAAAGUUUCUCUCUCCCAAAGGAGGCGCCAUCGCUAACGGUGGCUGUGUCCAGUAGAGGCAAACAGGCCGGCAACACCGCAACCAAAGCCACUUUUCAUGGCGGGAGGAGCAACGGCCUCGGCAGCAAGACCGGCGUGACUUUGAAAAGAGGCAACCAGCAAGGUUCAGCAUCUCGUCCAACCAAGCCGGCCCUGCAGCUCUGCAGCAGUCGGAGCUUUUCUUCCCUUCACACGUCCGCCCUCAGCGCUGCUCCGUUCAUGAGGAGCAGUCGCUCCCUCAGCAGACUGGACCAGAGAUCCACUGGAGAUGAAUCUGACGUUGUGGGUGCAAAUACUCCGGGAAAGAAACGACCGUUCUCAGAAAACAAAAUCCUGGAUUCUGGGAAGCCAAUCAGGAAAAAGAAAGAACAGUGUCAUGGCGAUCGGGACCAAAGGAAGCAAGUGAGCAGUUCUUCAGAGACGCUAAACACCGCUUCUUCUGAGCUGCCCGUUACUGCACGCCUUCGACACGGCGACAAAGUCGAGAACGAGGACGUGUCUACUGAGGAGAACAUAGAUGCUCUUUGUGGAGCCACUGCUGGGAUUAAAACCAACCUGGUCCAAAGCGACCCUGCAAGCUCCCGGCUGGAAGAAAACGCUGAGGCGGAUUCCAAAGUAGAGCACCAAGACAGCUGCUUGCAAGAGAACCACGUCUGUGGAGGUGCCGGAGAGGCACACAAACAAGAAGGAGGAGAAGGAGCGCUCACAAUGGAGCAAGCAAUGCAGGAAACGUCUACUGAAGGCUGGGUGUCCUCCUCCAGACUGUCGCUCGCCUCCUCAGCCACUGGCUCUCCAUCUUCUGCCAAUGCCUCACAGCAGGAGCAAGAAGGGGUCCCUAAUCAUUCGCCAGAAGGUGCUGAUGCAACAAAUGAGGAGCAUUGGGAUCAACAGGAGCGCCUUUGUGAGGCGCAAACAGGGCGCCUUGUCAAAGAGCUGGAGCAAACACAGAGAGAAGUGUCUCGACUGCGACGCGAGCUCCAACAAGAGCGAGAGAGCCAUUUAAGAGAAAAGAAGGAUCUUCUGUCCAACUCCACGUCCUCAUCGGAACAAACGAUGACGGUGCAGCGACUGCUGAAGAUGAACCACGAGCUCCGGGCUGAGCUGGAAGUCCAAAAGAGAAUCCAGGAGGAAGCCAGGGAAGCUGAACUCCGUCGUAGAGUUGACCUCUUGGCUCAGCAGGCGCAGCUACUUGUGACAGGGGACGCCACAGCGCUGGCACGGGCCCACCUGGAGCAGGAGCGCCAAUGGUUCAUGGAGCAACGGAUGGAGUGGGAGCGUACCGUCGCCUCCUUGAAGAGCCAGCUGAGCGUCAGCGAAGGGAAGCGGGAGGAGUCGGAGCUGCGUGCGACGCAGCUGCAGGGGCAGUCGCAGAGUCUUCGCGCUCUCCAAGAGGAGGCCGAGGAACUGAGGAAGGCUCUCCAGGAGGCGACAACACAGCUACGCGCCAACGAGGAUGCACAGGCCCAAAAGGAAGCGCUCCUGCAGAAGCACCUCAUGCUCCUUCAAGCCAGCCAGGACCGAGAACGACGGAGCUUGUCGGCCAGCCUGGCGCGGGCGGAGCAACGCUCCCAAGAACUGCAGGAGAGAUUGGUCAGCGCCGAGCAGCAGGUGGAGAGCCUGGAUAAGAACCAAAUGUGGAGCAGGGAGAGCGAGGACGCUCAACAUCAACUCCAGGAGGAGUUGGCUUCUUCUGCGGCUGCCGUGCAAAAAUAUCAAGAUGACAAAGAGGUGCUGGAGCAACAAUGUCGGGAGCUGCAGAACCUGCUGUCUGAGGCAGAAGAAGAAGUGGGCAGGCUGCAGAGGUGCUCGAAAAGAGAAGAAUCCCACCGCCACGAUCUGAAGCGCUCGUACGAGGCUGCCUCGGAGGAGCUGCAGGAGGCUCUGCGGCAAAAGGAGGCGGAAACUCAGGACUUGCGUGAGGGCUUUGAGAAGCUCCUCGACAGGAAGGAACAGGAGCUGAAUGAGGUUCUGCUGAAGAUGGAGGUCUUAGGUAAUAGCCUGGAGGAGACUGAAGCAAAACUCAAUGAGGUUCUCGGAGUUCGUACCUGUGCCACAUCACACCUGGAGGAUGAGUGUAUGGACACCGGCGAGGACAAAGAAGAGUUCGUGAAAAACCAUUUAGUAAGUGACAGCAGGUCAGAAGAAAGAGAGAAGUUAAAUAGCAUCUCCAAUCAUCACUAUCAGCACGCUCGAGUCCGGUCCCAUUCACUUGGUCCGUCACACCAGUACAUCAUCACCUCAGGAGAUGAUCCGGAACGGUUUACAACUGUGAUCCAGUUACUGGAAACCAAGCUUUUUGUCACAGAGGAGAAGCUCAGGGAGAUCACCCGUCAACUGGAGGAACACCAGGAUCACGUGACCUGCCAGGACCCCCACCUCCACUCCCAGCUCACUCAGAGCCGAGCCUCGGCGCAGCACCUCGGCCUGCUGCUUCACAGCCGAGCCGAGCGGAGCCGGCGCUUCGCUGAGGAGACGGAGCGCCUCUGCGGGCUCUUGUCCGGGCGCCUUCAGGCUGCGCUGCACGUCAUACAAAGCUGCAGGGAGACGCUUGAACGCAGCAGCACCAUCCAGCUGACCGACUUUGAGAGGAAACUGGCGGCUGUGGAGGCGUGUCUCCAGCAGGGACGGGAAGACGCGGACAAACAGCGACGUGCAUCCUUGCGUGCCUGCAGAGGAGAAGACGACGUCCUCGGUGAGGCUGAGAGCAGCGUUGAUGACGCGUCAAGUGCGGCUGAGCGCUUGAUGAGAGAACUGGUCCUAGUAGAAAAAAUGGUGGCGGCCCUUCAGAGUCCAAAUAAUCAUCUUAAGUCUUUAGCGCCAGAACAAAAUGACAUGAGCGUGGCAGACAGGUACAAACUCAUCCUGGCUCAGCUGGUCAGCUUAGAGAAGACUGGGGGGGCCGGCGUCCAUAAAUGCAUCAUUAGAGCAUGCACUGACGCUGAGCUCAUUUAUGCUGCCUUUAAAGCCCAGCAGCAAUAUCAGGAAGAAAGUCAGGACCUCAAUGGUGAGAGGGAAGGUCUGACGCACAUUAGCACUCGGGAGUUAGCCUCCUACGGGGAGGAUGUGAGUUUAGAUGGAACAUCUAAAUCUGUUCAAGGUGAUGAGAAAAGGGCUGAUACAAGACCGGCCUGGUUAGAGAGACUUAUAUCCAGACUGCAAAGAAGAGCUAAAGUCCUGCGGCAGCUCAGCCAGGAGGUCCCUGGUACGGAGGAUGGCUUGGAUGGAGACCCGUGGCCAAACAUGAAGUGGAUGCAGGAGCAAGCCAAGCUGGUUUAUUUGUCCGAGAGGCUGCACUUGGAUUUGGAGCAGGAGCAGCAGAGACGCAGGAUGCUGCAGGUCAAACUGCAGGCCUGGUGCCAACAGUGGGAUUCCUCAUCAACAGGCGGGCGGAGGGCCUUUGAUUGCACCUUACGUGAACUUCAGGAGGACAACAAAGCAAUGGGAGAGGAACUGGAGCAUGGUGAUGGAGAGGUAAUAUCCAUGGAGACCGGAAGACAGAGAGGCAAAGAAAACAAACUUUGGAUUGAGGAUGACCAUCAGGAGAGGAUGGAAAAACCGGAAGCGGAGUUUCAGAUGAAGAUAAGGGAACAGCAGCAGAUCCACGAAGAGGAGAUGGAACACUUGCAUGAAAAUCACAUCAAAUAUUUAGCUUCUAACGUCAAAGAUGAUGCUAAGUGUGAAGAGACACCUCCAUUCCACGGAGGCUCAGCCUCCCCAGCUGAAAGUCAGGAGGUCUUCUGUGAUGAAGAGUUGCAGCAUGAGAAACACGUGGAAGAACAUAUGACGGACAAGGAGACAGCAGCCAUUUCUGCAGUGAGAAGAUCCCAUAAAGAAGAUCUGGAAGGAAAUGAACAACCUCCACGGAACUUGGAGAGCGCAGACGUCACUCAUAUGCACAAUGAAUAUCAGAAGAUGGUCCGGUUGCUGAAUGAGGAGCUGGAGGUGUUGUCGCUUCAGCACGCCCAGAAAUGUCUCGAGAACUCCCAACUGCGAGGAGAGUUGCAACUACGGAGAAAAUCCAUCACGAGGCAGGGAGAGAAGCAGCAAGAAAAUGGAAGGAAUCCACAGUCAACGUUGCAAGCCAAUGACUUCUACGAGGAGGAGAAGAUUCUGCGGCCGAGGGAGGCUGAGAUGCAGUUCCUAAGACAGGAAGCUGUGGUAGGAAGAGUCAGGGAAGAGUUGAAGGCCGCUGAAAUGGACAGAAUGUACAGCCAGACCAAGAAGAAGAACCUUUCUGGAAGCAACCAUCAUGAACACCAUCAGGACGUCAACACUGCCAGUGAAGACGUCGGUUUUGAUGCCUGGUCUUCCAACAGAGUCGCAGCAGGACAGAACCCCGCCAACAUAAGCAACGCUUCUCUACCGAAGAGAACGGACAAACCCUCUCUCCUUCGUCGAAUCAGAGCUGUGAGGUCAAAGAGUUUGAAAGAGGGUCUUUCUGUCCAGGAGAGGAGGAAGCAGUUUGAUUCAUUCCAAGGUGGCGGAUACUUCACAUGAAAGCGGGAUAUACUGUAUUUAAACUCAUUUUGCAGUAUAGGAAACUACUUUGCCUCUACUGUGAUUAUGCUAUUUUACCACUAGAUGUAGCGUCAACAACAUUAUAUGAACUACACGAAGGUAUUUUGCUGCAGCAGGUCACUCUCAUGCGUCAAUGUGAUCGGAUACAGGUGGCCUCGGAUAACCCACAAAUGCAUGACACGGAAUGUCUGCGACUAUAACAAUAAUAGUUUUAGCUGACAGGAUUUAAGUCAUAUCAUCGGAUCAUACCGAGGACUAGUGGCGGUUAUAGCUAUGGGUCACAGGGGUCACAGGACAUGUGUGUCGGAUGGACCCCCUCUAUAGGGGCACCCUCGUAGGAUGGACACCCUCUACAGUAUGAAUACGGCACCCCCACUGUGCUCACUUACCACAAAUCAUUGCUGGGCUUCAGCCCUCAGGUUAAUUGGCAGGAAAAAAGAUAUUCAUCAUAUAUGGAAUCAUACGGAUCAUAUGGAAUAUAUCACAAGCCAAGAGUCUCAAACAUGUUAUUUCACAAAAAAAUACCAAAAAGGCAGAAUGAGUUGGAUGAAGGAAGUGAAAGAGCGUGGAGCAGUGCGGCAUGCAGAAGGUUUCUAGGGAAAUUUUAAGUCAUGUACGCACACACCCGUGCACGCACAUAGUCCAGUCCCUAAUGUGAAAAUUGUAAAUAGUUCAUGGUGUUAUAUUUGUAAAUAAAUUGUUAUUUUGAUGUAAAACA